UGGGUGUCGAUGCACCGGAGGGGAUUUAGUUGCGACCCCGCGGAUGUCUGCGUGACAGUGAGGGAGGGAGAUCUGCCGAGUCUGCGGUGUCUCAGAGACAAUACAGCGAGAGAGAGUGCGUGAGAGAGAGCGAGAAAGAGAGAGAGAGAGAGAGAGAAAGAGAGGGGGGAUCUACUUUUACGCACGGCGCGGUGUCCGAGGGACGGUGAAGCGUGCGCGCACCGGCGAGGAGUCGACUCGUCCCGCGGAGUGGAGACGCGAAGAGACACCGAAACAAAAACACAGCCACACGCUGGUUCCUUUUUUUUCACUUUUUAAAAACCCAGACAAGGAGCCAGAGAAGAGACGAUUUCUAGUUUUAUUGUUUAUCCUCCGCGUUUUUUUAAUCACUUUUCCUCUCGGUGAACGACGCGCUUCUCAUCCCAGGAGGUUUUUUAAGUGUGACACGCCGGUGCGCAAGAGUUUCAACGAUCUUGGAUGGGUCAGGCCAUGUGAAAUUCUGUGUGGAUGCCAGCAAGCCAGAUAUCGGGAGCUGGCUGAAGCACAUCCAGUUCGCCCCAGUGGCCACGCAGCACAACCUGACAGCGUGCCAGAUAGAUGAUCAGAUCUUCUACAAAGUCACCAGAGAGAUUUUCCCCGGUGAGGAGCUGCUACUUUUCAUGAAGGCUGAAGAGUAUCCAUGUGAUAUCAUGGCUCCUGAUAUUCACGAGGAGAGGCAGUACCGCUGUGAGGACUGUGACCAGCUCUUUGAGUCCCGCAACCAGCUGCUGGACCACCAGAAGCAGCCGUGUGGGAUGCCCCCCUCCUCCUUCCUUCACCCAGGAGGGGACAGUGACGUGAAUGCAGAGGAACCUGAAGACUUGCGACCGCUCCACCUGUCCAACGGUCUGCACGAGUGUAAGGAGUGUGACCAGGUCUUCCCUGAUGCUCAGAGCCUUGAGGGCCACAUUCUGUCCCACUCUGAGGAGAGGGAGUACAAGUGUGACCAGUGCCCCAAGGCCUUCAACUGGAAAUCAAACCUGAUCCGACAUCAGAUGUCACAUGACAGUGGCAAGCACUACGAAUGUGAAAACUGCUCAAAGCAGGUGUUCACAGACCCCAGUAACCUGCAGAGGCACAUCCGCUCGCAGCACGUCGGGGCUCGGGCCCACGCCUGCUCUGACUGUGGCAAGACGUUCGCUACGUCUUCUGGCCUCAAGCAGCAUAAGCACAUCCACAGCAGUGUCAAGCCCUUCAUGUGUAAGUCACUAAGACCCUACCUAUGCGAGGUAUGCCACAAGUCCUACACCCAGUUCUCUAACCUGUGCCGCCACAAGCGCAUGCAUGCUGACUGCCGCACACAAAUCAAGUGCAAGGACUGUGGGCAGAUGUUCAGCACCACAUCCUCCCUCAACAAGCACCGGCGCUUCUGUGAAGGAAAGAACCAUUUCACUGCAGGGGGAUUGUUUGCCCAGGGUAUGUCCCUCCCUGGCGCCCCUGGCUUGGACAAAUCAGCCCUGGCGAUGGGCCACGGCGUUGCUGGAUUGGCUGAUUACUUCGGGGCCAGUCGUCACCAUGGAGGUCUUACCUUCCCUGCUGCCCCGGCAUUUCCUUUUAGCUUCCCCGGCCUCUUCCCCUCUGGACUCUACCACCGGCCACAGCUCAUCCCUGCCACCACCUCUUCUAUCAGGCAACCAACACAUGCAUCUAUUGUCGGGCCUGGUGUAGAGCUAAGUAAGAGUCCACUGCUGCCUCCGAGCCCUGGCUGUCAGGAGUCCCGAGAGCUCCUCAAAGCUCUCCGUAAGGAUGGCGGUUCACCUGGCAGUCAGAUGACCGCCUCAGAGCUCCAUACUCAGAGCUCAUCCUCCACAAAGCAGCGAAUCAAACAGAGUGACCAGUCCGAGAGUAGCGACCUGGACGAUGUCAGCACGCCCAGCGGAAGUGAUCUGGAGAGCACAUCAGGCUCCGAGCUGGAGAGUGACAUGGACAGUGAGAGGGAGAGGGGGGCUGCUCGAGAAAAUGGAAAAGGCCCCAAGAGGAAGGCCAGUGAGGGAGGCCCCCAGAGCCCCAGCCUGACAGGCAGCAGUGCUGCCAAAGACUUUGCAGGCCCUUCCCUCAUCCCACCCUCGCUGGACGAGCACACAGCUGUAACCGGGGCUGUGAAUGACUCUAUUAAGGCCAUAGCCUCAAUUGCUGAGAAGUACUUUGGCUCCACAGGGCUGGUUGGCCUGCAGGACAAGAAGGUUGGGCCUCUGCCCUACCCCUCCAUGUUCCCUAUGCCUUUCUUCCCAGCUUUCUCUCCUCCAGUUUACCCUUUCCCAGACAGGGACGUCAGACCUCCAGGCCUAAAGGUCGAGCCCCAGUCUCCGGGAGAUGAUGGCAAGAAGGCCCAGAGCAAAUCUUCAUCCGAGUCGCCGUUUGACCUUACUACCAAGAGAAAGGAGGAAAAGCCAGCUCCAGUCGCUCCCUCCAAACCGGAGGCCUCCAACCCUCGUGGUCAGGAUCAGCCACUGGACCUGAGUCUGGGGAGUAGGGGCCGGGGACGGAAUCCAAGAGAGCAGGAGACAAAGAAGAACCUUGGUUAUGAAGAAGAGAAGGGAGCGGCGGAGAUCCCAAAGGCAGAUGCCUCCUUACAGCAUGCCAGGCCCACCCCAUUCUUCAUGGACCCCAUCUACAGCAGGGUUGAGAAGAGGAGAAUGAGCGAUCCGUUUGAGAAUCUGAAAGACAAGUACAUGCGGCCAGCACCCGGCUUCCUCUUCCAUCCACAGUUCCGUUUGCCAGAUCAGAGAACUUGGAUGUCGGCCAUCGAGAACAUGGCGGAGAAGCUGGAGACGUUUGGCUCGUUGAAGCCGGAGUCUGGUGACCUGCUGCGCUCCGUCCCCUCCAUGUUUGAUUUCAGAGCCCCUCCCUCUGCACUCCCAGAGACGCUGCUGCGCAAGGGCAAGGAGCGCUACACCUGCAGAUAUUGUGGGAAAAUAUUCCCGCGCUCUGCCAACCUGACCCGCCACCUCAGGACUCACACCGGAGAGCAACCAUAUAGGUGUAAAUACUGUGACCGCUCCUUCAGCAUCUCCUCCAACCUGCAGCGUCACAUCCGCAACAUCCACAACAAGGAGAAGCCCUUCAAGUGCCACCUGUGUGACCGCUGCUUCGGCCAGCAGACCAACCUGGACCGUCACCUCAAGAAGCACGAGAACGGCAACCUGUCAGGCACCGCGAUGUCGUCUCCUCGGUCUGAACUGGACGGCAGCAGCGCCAUACUGGACGACAAAGAAGACUCGUAUUUCAACGAAAUAAGAAAUUUUAUCAGCAACACUGGGCAGAACCAGACGUCCCCGGACCCCUCAGAGGAAGGGUUAAAUGGCGGCCAAUUUGAAGAGGAGAAGCCACUGAUGGCCAGCCAUGGGUCACGUGACCUGGAAGACGAGGAAGCAGAGGAGCUCGGUGCUGAUGAAGAAGAAGGAGACGAGCCGCGCAACGCCUCCGGGAAACCGGAAGGGGAGGUGCUCCCGAGCAACCUCAGUGAUGAUGUCACACAAGAGGAAAUGGACUUCACUGGGCCCAACGACUUGAACCUCAACUGUAAAACCUCUCCCAGGGGGUAUGAGGAUGAGGAGGAGCAGAGCAGCUACUCAGCCCUGGAUCACAUUCGCCACUUUUCAGACAUGCGCAAGCUGGAGGAGAGUGAAGUGAGCGAUGGUGACGCAGAUGAGGACGAUGAAUCAUUCGGCUCUCCUUCUCUGACCGAGGCCGUCAAACAGCCACUCUUCAGAAAAUCUAAGUCACAGGCGUACGCCAUGAUGCUGUCCCUGGCUGAAAAGGACUCUCUCCACCCACCCACCCACACCCCCGCCACCAUGUGGCACAGUCUGGCACGGGCCGCCGCCGAGUCCAGCGCCAUCCAGUCCCUCAGCCACGUAUGAUGACACCCCUCUGCGCUUUUCCCUUUCACCUUUCGACCCCUCCUCACCUGACCGAUGGCUCUGGGAGCCCAUUACAGUGGGGCUAUCUGCGGGGGGGGGCCCCCAUGAUCAUCCACAGAGUGACUGCUGAGCAGAACCACAGCCCAUCUGACUGCUGAGCGGAGCGCCUCACACGACGCAGGGCUACUGGGCGUGCAGA